AUGGCGAACCAUCAUUUGACAUUCCAGGUUCCCACGAUUCGGAACAUGGCGCUGCCCAUUCAUGGCACGGCAGCCGGCCUUAAUUUGAAACCCAUCGAACAUCAGGAGAAGUCUUCGACGUCAAACCACGUGCUGCAAAGGCGACGGACCUUGGCUAGGGACGGCACCUACGUAGGUUAUCAUAAUCAAGGGCACCAUCACUCCCUUCGUCCCUACGGUUACCAGGUCAUAUUUGGAGACGCUAAUGGAGGAAAGAUGAGCGAGUCCAUUCUCCCUCCUCCCUGGAGGUCAGUCCUGGCAGGACCUCUUUCCGCCCGUCUUAUUAUUACGGAGUCACCAUCGUUUCUGCACGUCCCUCCCACCCUCUCUCCCAACCCUCCCAACCCUCCCAACCCUCCCAACCCUCCCAACUCCCAACCCCCCAUUCAUUGGCCUGGUACCUACCCCGUACCAUACCAAUACGAAAGUACGUUGUACCGCCCUGGCCUGAGAUUUUUACUUGUCCGGUCAUCAUCAACGACCGACAUCAGCAUCAAUCAGCUUUUUGAUUAUCACGCCACAAUCGUUUUCAACGCCCUCCACUUCAGCCCAACAACCGCCAUUUCGCCUUUCGAUACUGAACAGGCCGGCGUCGCCUCAUUUCUCUCCCGCUAG